AUGAGGAGUACUGGACUACCAACCAACCAAACGUUCCCGGCCCCUCUCGCAUGUGUCCCCCCACCUGCCUGGCCCACAGCGGCUCCCGUGUCUCCCCACCUACCUGGCCCACAGCUGCACGUGUCCCCCCACCUGUCUGGCCUGCUGGCCCACACCUGUGUCCCCCACCUCUUGGCCCUGACUGUGUCCCCCACCUACUUGGCCCCAACUGUGUCCCCACUUGGCCCCAACUGUGUCCCCCACCUGCUUGGCUCCAACUGCUCCCCCACCUACUUGGCUGGCUGUCCCCCACCUGGCCACUGCUGUCCCCCUACUUGGCCCCUGACAUGUCCCCUGCUUGGCCACAACUGUCCCCCACCCUCGCUGGCCCCUAACUGUGUCCCCCACUUACUUAACUGUCCCCCACCUUGGCCCACCUGUGUGUCCCCCUCGCCCUACUGUGUCCCCUCUUGGCCCACAUGUCCCCUGUGGCCCCAACUGUCCCCCCCCUACUUGGCCCAAUAUGUGUCCCCCACCUGCCAGCUGGCUGUCCCCCCACCUGCAUGGGCUGUACGUGUUCCCCCACCUGCCUGGCCUGCUGGCCAGCCUGUGUCCUCCCCACCUGCUGGCCCGCAGCUGCUGCGGUUCCUCAUCUGCCUGGCCUGCUGGCCAACACCUGUGUCCUCCACCUACCUGGCCCGGCUGUACGGUUCUCAUCUGCCUGGCCUGCUGGCCACGCCUGUGUCCUCCACCUGGCCCGCGGCUGUAUGGGUUCCCCUCAUCUGCCUGGCCUGCUCCGCCGCCUGUGUCCUCCACCUACCCGCAGCUAUGCGGUUCCUCAUCUGCCUGGCUGCUGGCCAGCCUGUGUCCUCCUACUGCCAGCUGUACGGUUCCCCCAUCUGCCUGGCCUGCUGGCCAACGCCUGUGUCCACCUACCUGGCCCGCAGCUGUACGGUUCCCCUCAUCUGCCGCCUGCUGGCCAAGCGCCUGUGUCCUCCACCUACCUGGCCCUGCACACGGUUCCCUCAUCUGCCUGGCCUGCCUUGCCUGUGUCCUCCACCUGGCCCCAGCUGUACUUCCCCUCAUCUGGCCUGCUGGCGCACGCCUCCCCCACCGCCACUGGGUUCUCCUGCUUGCCCUGCUCCAACGCUGUGUCCUCCACCUGCAGCUGCGGUUCCCUCAUCUGCCUGGCCUGCUGGCCAACGCCUGUGUCCUCCACCUACCUGGCCGCAGCUGUACGGUUCCCUCAUCUGCCUGGCCUGCUGGCCAACGCCUGUGUCCUCCUACUGCCCGGCAGCUGCUGGUUCCCCUCAUCUGCCUGCUGCUGGCCAGCCUGUGUCCUCCACCUACCUGGCAGGUGCAGUUCCCUCAUCUGCUGUGCUGUGCUGCUGUGUCCCUCCCUACCUGGCCCGGCUGCUGGUUCCCUAUGCCUGGCCUGCUGGCCAACGCCUGUGUCCUCCACCUACCUGUGCAGCUGUACGGUUCCCCUCAUCUGCCUGGCCUGCUGGCCACAAGUGUGUCCCUCACCUACCUUGCCCCAGCUUGUACGGUUCCCCUCAUCUGCCUGGCCUGCUGGCCAACGCCUGUGUCCUCCACCUACCUGGCCCGCAGCUACAUGUUCCCCAUCUGCCUGGCCUGCUGGCCAACAACUGUGUCCCCACCUACCUGGCCCGCAGCUGCAUGGUCUCAUCUGCGCUGGCCUGCUGGCCAAUGCCUGUGUCCUCCACCUACCUGGCCCGCAGCUCUACACGUUCCCCUCAUCUGCCUGGCCUGCUGGCCAACAACUGUGUCCUCACUACCUGCCGAGCUGUACGGUUCCCCAUCUGCCUGGCCUGCUGGCCAACGCCUGUGUCCUCCACCUACCUGGCCCGGGCAGCUGUACGGUUCCCUCAUCUGCCUGGCCUGCUGGCCAACAAGUGUGCCCUCACCUACCUGGCCCGCAGCCACGUUCCUCAUCUGCCUGUGGCCUGCUGGCCAACGCCUGUGUCCUCCACCUACCUGGCCCGCAGCUGUACGGUUCCCCAUCUGCCUGGCCUGCUGGCCACCUGUCCUCCACCUACCUGGCUCCAGCUGUACGGUUCCCCAUCUGCCUGGCCUGCUGGCCAACGCCUGUGUCCUCCACCUACCUGGCCUGCAGAGCUGCACGGUCCCCAUCUGCCUGGCCUGCUGGCCAACGCCUGUGUCCUCCACCUACCUGGCCCGCAGCUGUACGGUGGUUCCCCUCAUCUGCCUGGCCUGCUGGCCAACGCCUGUGUCCUCCACCUGGCCCGCGCAGCUGUACGGUUCCCCUCAUCUGCCUGGCCUGCUGGCUACGCCUGUGUCCUCCACCUACCUGGCCCGCAGCUGUAUGGUUCCCCUCAUCUGCCUGGCCUGCUGGCACAACGCCUGUGUCCUCCACCUACCUGGCCCGCAGCUGUACGGUUCCUCAUCUGCCUGGCCUGCUGGCCAACGCCUGUGUCCCACCUACCUGGCCUGCAGCUGUACGGUUUCCCCAUCUGCCUGGCCUGCUGGCCAACGCCUGUGUCCUCCACCUACCUGGCCCGCAGCUGUACGGUCCCCCCAUCUGCCUGGCCUGCUGGCCAACGCCUGUGUCCUCCACCUACCUGGCCCUGGCAGCCAACGGUUCCUCAUCUGCCUGGCCUGCUGGCCAACGCCUGUGUCCUCCACCUACCUGGCCCGCAGCUGUACGGUUCCUCAUCUGCCUGGCCUGCUGGCCAACGCCUGUGUCCUCCACCUACCUGGCCUGCAGCUUGCAAAAGGAUGCACCUGGAUCGCACCAAUAGUAAGGAAGCGUAUCAAAUGUCCCAACAAGACGAAGAGAGUGCAUUAAUCAAGACCAAAUGUGAAAAGGAUCUUGAUGUGUAUGUCGUCAAUGAACUCAAGUUCUCGGGUCAUUGUGAGAAGAAGGUGGUGAAUCAGGCAAUGAAAUUA